AUGUUUAAUAUUACAGAAAUUCUUUUUGGAAAAAGUCUUUUUGGUUUACUAAUAGAGCUACUUUUAAUUGGUUUUGUCAUUGUUAUUGUUAUUGAUAAACUUCUUCGAUGGUAUGUGACAAGAUCAGGCAAUUGGUCGGGAGUUGUAGGUACUAACUUUUGUUUUCCACUUGGCGAUUGGCGUGGCCUACUAUCAAGUAAAGAUGGACUUGCUUUAUUACAUUUGUGCCAAAACCUGGGUAAUCCACAUGUUUAUCGGAUCUGGAUGGGUCUUCAACCAGCAUUAAUACUUGCUCAUCCAGAUGCUGUUCGUGACUUUUGGCAAUAUCAUGACGAAACAAAAAUCGAACGUGAAGUCAAAUUAAGUUGGGCACUGAUACAUCUUAUGGGCGAAGCAAUUGGCUUUAAACCAUAUCGAGCACGUAAUCGUAUUAGUAAAUUCUUUCAUGUUUGUUUCGGACCCAAGAAUAUCAGUCGAUUUCAAACGAAAAUAGAAAAUUCUAUUAAUGAAUUUAUGACUCGACUUCAUUAUCUUACUAAUACUGAUACAUUAAUCGACAUUCGUAAAGAGCUUAGUUAUUUAGGUCAUGAUGCUAGUGUUAACAUGUAUCUAGGUCGAAAAAGUUCUGGACAUCUAAAUGAGCUUCGUACAUUAGUUGAUGAAAUGAAUCAUUUAAUGAGUUUAUCUUGUUGUUCCAUUUGGAUUAAUGUCAGUGGAUUACAACGAAUUUUACCUGACGCAUAUAAAUUACGCUCUGAAAUUGCUUCUUUUCGACAUAAAUGGGAAAGUUUACUUAAGAAGUUGAUGUUAGAAUAUAAAGAAGAAUUUGAAACUAAUCAAAAUGAUAAGAAAGAAUUUAAUGAUUCAAUGCUUACACAAUUUGUACAAAUGAAAGCUGAAGGGAAAUGUGAUGUAACAUUUGAAGAAUUAAUGGAUACAUUUACUGAAAGUCUUUUCUUUCCUUCUGAUGUUGUUGCAGCUACAAUUACAUAUACUCUUAUUUUACUUGCUAUGAAUCAAGAUGUACAAACAUUUACUCGAGAACUUCUUCAAAAUCGAAUAUCUGAUCAAUCAAAAGUAACAUUAGCUGAUGUAGAUUCAAUUGAAUAUUUAGACUGGAUUUUAAAUGAAUGUCAACGAAUGUUUCCCGUUCAAAUGUUAAAUACACCAGAAUUUACUAGUCAAGCAAUGACUAUUGCUGGUAUAUCUAUUCCAAAAGAUACUAUGGUUAUUUAUGAUACUCAUUCAAUACAUCGUAGAGAUGAUAUUUGGGAUGAGCCACUUGUCUUUCGUCCCGAACGUUUUCGUAAUCUUGAUGCCAAACAACGUAAAGCUAUUCAUGCUUUUGGUAAUGGACGAACUCGUCGUUGUCUUGGUGAAUAUUUUGUUAGAUCACUACACAAGUUAAUAAUUAGUCGAAUUCUACUUGAUUAUCGAGUUCAAACUGUCGAUAAGUAUGAAAACAUUGAUGAAAUUUCUAGAAAACAGAUUCCAUUGGCUUAUGCACCUGAUAUUUGUCUUCAAUUUGUACGUCUCUAA